GCGCACCCACGCCGCAUGGAUUUACAAGAUGGGUGCUGGUUAGCAACACGUGAAGAUAUUUUAGAUGAGGUAUUCGCGUUAAAAUCAAGCCAAGUUCAGUUUUGCGCUCUCAUCUUGGAUAGGUUUUACUGUCCUUAAAAAUGGGGAAAUCGAAGAACCAGAGGAAAGCCCGCCUGGACGCCAGCCGUGUGGCCGAGGAGACUUACUCCUCUGUGCCGCACACCUUCGUGUUUCACCGCGGGCAGAUCGGCAGGAACGUCACUCAGCUCGAGGCAGACAUGAGACGAGUCAUGGAGCCCUUCACUGCCAGAUCUCUGAAGGUGCGGAAGAACAACGUCUUGAAAGAUUUUGUUGCAGUGGCAGGACCACUAGGAGUCACGCACUUCUCCAUAUUUACCAAAACUGAAAAUACUAUAAACAUGAGGCUUGCACGUCUUCCCAAAGGUCCAAUGUUAUAUUUCCGUGUUGCAAAGUACACCCUCAUCAAAGACGUAGUUUCGUCUUUAAAGAGGCACAGGAUGCAUGAACAGCAGUUUUCCCACCAUCCUUUGCUAGUGCUGAAUAAUUUUGGCGUCGAAGGCAUGCACAUCAAGCUGAUGGCCACCAUGUUCCAGAACAUGUUCCCCUCGAUCAACGUACACAAGCUCAACCUCAACAGCGUAAAAAGAUGUGUGCUGAUAAAUUAUAAACCCGAGUCCCAAGAGGUGGAGUUCCGUCAUUACAGCUUGAAGGUGGUGCCCGUGGGCAUGAGUCGAGGGGUGAAGAAGCUCAUGCAGGAGAAAUUCCCCAACAUGAGCAAGUUGGAGGACAUCAGCGAGCUCCUCAUGAAAGGCGUCAAUCUUUCAGAGAGCGAGGCAGAGCAGGACGGAGACCACAACAUUACAGAGUUACCUCAGGUGUACUCAGGUCGUGGUAACAUGGCCUCGCAGCAGAGCGCUGUUCGGCUGACUGAGAUUGGUCCAAGAAUGACUCUGCAGCUGGUGAAGAUAUUAGAAGGCAUGGGGGAAGGAAAAGUACUUUAUCAUUCCUUCAUCUCAAAAACAGAGGAAGAGAUUCAGGAGAUUCUGAAAAGGAAGGAGGCCCGUCUGAAAGAGAAAGAAGAACGGAAGAGAAAACAAGAACAGGACAUUGCUCUUAAAAAAGAAAAACGAGAUCAGAACAAGCAAAAGAGCUUGGAGGGCAUCAAGAGAAAGCGGCAGCAGGAAGGGCAGGAAUCAGAUGAUGAAGUGGAGGAUCCUGGGAAACUGGAGGACCAGGCUCCAGCCGAGGAGUCAGAGGACGAAGCAGAGUAUUACAGGCAGGCUGUGGGGGAGGAACCAGAUGAAGACAUGUUUCCUGGUGCAAAAAGGAAGCGUGGUCCUGGAAUGUCUUCAAAACCCUUUAAAAAGAGGAAGCUGUCUCCGGGGAAGACCCCUCCUCAUGACAAAAAGAGGUUUAAUUCGUCUGACAGAGGAAAUAAGAAUGGCGGAAAGCGAUUUGGGGAUAGAAAACCGCUAGAGGGAAGAAACGGGUUUAGGAAGAACGAAGGCGGCAAAAAGUUUGCCCAGAAAGGAGGCAAGGGCAAUAGAUUUGCAGGGCAGAAAAAAGGAGACGCCGGCAAGAAGUUCGGCGGACAGAAAACGUUUAAAGGACGUGGCGUUAUGAAACGUCAGAAAGGUGCCGGAGGAAAAAAGGACUUUAAACACAAGAAAGGGAGAGGCUGAAAGAACUGAAAGCAAGGUUGAAUGCAUCUAAACUGUUUAACCACAAGAUGGGAGUGCUGCUUCACCGAUGUGUCACACAUGAUGAUGAUGCACCAGUCAUGUAAUAUAUCAAUGCAAAAACAUCAGCCAAUCAGCGCUACUUUACGUCAGACUUGUGCCUUGUAUAAAUGUUCAUAGAUUUGGGUACAUUUUACCAAUAAAUCUUUUUCAAACUAC